CACCCCGGUCGCUUCCCGGCCCCCGCCCCCGGCGCCCCCGUCCCUCCCUGGCGACCCCGGCGCGGGCGCCCCCGUCCCUCCCCUACGCCCGCCCGUCCCUGGAGUCCCCUCCCCUACCGCCCCCGUCCCGGGCGUCCCCGGCCCUCCCCGCCCCUGGCGCCCACGUCCCUCCCUUCCCCGCCCGCCCCGGGGCCCAGCGGACCCGGGCUUGGGGCUGCGGGCUGCGCAGUGUCCGGACCCGUCCUUCGCCCCCGCCGCUCUCUUGGGCUCCCCGCGCCCUCCCGGGAGUUCGCGACUGAGGGCUCCUUGACUGGCCUGGGUUACGACCCUUUUGUGCCUCCGCUGCCUCUUUUGUACCGUGGGGGUAACGGUGCGUCUCCCUCGUGGGGCGUGGGGUUGGGUGGGAUCCGCCGGUUGCCCUCGCGCGGCACACAGUCGGGGGCGGCGGGGCCCUUAGAGGUCACUCACUGCAGCCCCUCCUGGCGGGCAGGGGCGCUCUGUCGGGGUCGCACAGCCCGAAAGUGGCGGAGCCUGUUUUCUGGGGAGAGGUGCCAACAGCUGCAACUACUGUCGUUUGAUGUGACGCGGCCAGGACGCGGCCACACGUGCGCGAGGCGUGAGUUCUCGAGACAGGACGUGUGUGUGUGCAGCGUGAAAGGGCGGCGAGACCAUGCCGUCCUCCAGGCUCCCGUGGAGGGUGUCGUGUCAUCUUGGGAUGUGGGAAGAUUCUCAUCAGGGCCGGAUUCCUGACGUUCGUGCUGUUUACUGGCCGGGCUCCUAACCGCCAGCUCAUGGCCUACUGGCUGCAGGAGCUCCAGCAGAAGAGGUGGGAGUACUGCAACGGCCUGGACGCCGCCACGUGGGACAGCAGGGCCUCCCCGGCCCCGGGGGACUUCUCGCAGGGUCUGGUAGCCAGAGACAACUCAGAUGUAAUUUACCCGCACCCAGAUGCCUCUGCAGAAAAAGCCAGAAAUGUCCUCGCUGUGGAAACCGCCCCCGGAGAGCUGGAGCAAGCAGCUCACCAGCCAGCCGCAGGGCACCCCAAUUCCAGUAAUUUCUCUUUCAAACAGUGGGGCACUGAGCUCAAAAAUUCAAUGUCGUCUUUCCGUCCUGGGAGAGGACACAGUGAGAGUCGCAAGAGUGUGUUUUAUACCAAUGAAGAGUGGGAGCUUUUAGACCCGAACCCUAAGGACCUGGAGGAGUCAAUGGUGCAGGAAGAGAGGAGGAAGCAGGCGCCCGAAGGAAACAAAGGAGGAACCAGCUCAGGAUUUCCCUUUGAUUUUGGACGUAUUCCCUACAAAGGAAAGCGCCCUUUGAGAGACAUGAUCGGGUCCUACAAGAACCGUCACGUCAGUGGUGACCCUUCCGCCGAGGGGCCGCAGAGCAGUGGUGGCGUCAGCAAGCCGGCCCCCGAAACGCAGUUGCAGAGCCAGCAGGAGGAGCUGGAGCGGCUGAAGAAAGACCUGUCCAGUCAGAAGGAGCUUGUGCGGCUGCUGCAGCAGACGGUCCGGUCGUCCCAGUAUGACAAGUACUUCGCCAGCAGCCGGCUCUCCGAGGGGGUCCCGAAGGACGCGCUCGACCUUCUGCACCGCAAGGAUGACCAGAUCCUGGGCCUCAGCGGCCAGCUGGAGAGGCUCACCCUGGAGAGGGAGAGUCUGCAGCAGGAAGUGAGGACGCUCAAGGGCAAGGUGGGCGAGCUCAGCGAGCAGCUGGGGAUGCUGGUGGAGACCAUCCAGGCCAAGGACGAGGUCAUCGUGAAGCUCUCGCGCCAGCUCAGCGAGAGCGAGGACAGUACGUCGUCCCCCACGGGGGUGCCCGGCUCCCCCGCCAGCAGGGAGCAGCUGGAGCUGGACAGGCUGAAAGACAGCCUCCAGGGGUAUAAAACCCAGAAUAAGUUUCUCAACAAGGAAAUUCUGGAGCUCUCGGCGCUGCGGAGGAACGCAGAAAGGAGGGAGCGGGAUCUGAUGGCCAAGUAUUCCAGCCUGGAAGCCAAGCUCUGCCAGAUAGAGAGCAAAUACCUGAUUCUGCUGCAAGAAAUGAAGACGCCCGUGUGCUCGGAGGAGCAGGGGCCCUCCCGCGAGGUCAUAGCCCAGCUGCUGGAGGACGCUCUGCAGGUGGAGGGCCCAGAGCAGCCGGAGCAGGCGUUCGCGAAGCCUCGUCUCGUCAGUGAGUACGACAUCUACGGGUUCAGGACCGUCCCAGAGGACGACGAGGAGGAGAAACUGGUGGCCAAGGUCCGCGCGCUGGACCUGAAGACGCUGCACCUCACAGAAAACCAGGAAGUGUCCACCGGCGUCAAGUGGGAAAACUACUUCGCGAGCACGAUGAACCGGGAGAUGGCGUGCUCUCCGGAGCUGAAGAACCUGAUCCGGGCGGGCAUCCCGCACGAGCACCGUUCCAAGGUGUGGAAGUGGUGCGUCGACCUCCACACCCGGAAGUUCAAGGGCAGCACCGAGCCCGGGUACUUCCAGACGCUGCUCCAGAAGGCGCUGGAGAAGCAGAACCCGGCCUCCAAGCAGAUCGAGCUCGACCUGCUGCGGACCCUGCCCAACAACAAGCACUACUCCUCCCCCACCUCGGAGGGCAUACAGAAGCUUCGCAACGUCCUGCUGGCCUUCUCCUGGCGGAACCCGGACAUCGGCUACUGCCAGGGUCUGAAUAGGUUGGUGGCGGUGGCCCUCCUGUACCUGGAGCAAGAAGACGCGUUCUGGUGUCUGGUCACCAUAGUGGAAGUUUUCAUGCCUCGAGACUAUUACACCAAGACGCUGCUGGGGUCCCAGGUGGACCAGCGGGUGUUCAGAGACCUCCUGAGCGAGAAGCUACCCCGUCUGCACAGCCACCUGGAACAGCACAAAGUCGACUACACCCUCAUCACGUUCAACUGGUUUCUGGUGGUGUUCGUGGACAGCGUCGUGAGUGACGUCCUCUUUAAGAUCUGGGACUCCUUCCUCUAUGAGGGACCAAAGGUCAUUUUCCGCUUUGCCCUGGCUCUUUUUAAAUACAAGGAGGAGGAGAUCCUGAGGUUGCAGGACUCCAUGUCCAUUUUCAAGUAUCUCCGUCACUUCACGCGCACUGUCCUCGACGCCAGGAAACUGAUCAGUAUCUCCUUCGGGGACCUGAACCCGUUCCCCCUGCGCCAGAUCCGGAACCGGCGCACCUACCACCUGGAGAAGGUCCGGCUGGAACUGACGGAGCUGGAGGCCAUCCGGGAGGACUUCCUGCGCGAACGGGACGCCAGCCCUGAUAAGGGUGAGCUGGUCAGCGAUGAGGAGGACACCUGAGUCCCCCGUCCCCACCCCCCACGAUGCUGCUCUUGCCCUCACAACCAAAGUGUGCCAAAGGGUGACCGCGGAGACGUCUCUGCUCCUUUAAAAGCCCGAAUGUAACGCCCAUGGUCUCUGGAGAUCUGCCGGGCAGACAUCCAGGGCCACGCCGCACUUUCUCCUCUCCACUCGCGGUGGGGUUUGUCCCGUUUACAACUGUCUUCCGUGCCGUGGCGCGUGGCUGCGCGCGCCCCCAGGUGAACUGGCUGGAUGUUUUCCGGGCCCUGUUUACAGCACGUGUCAGCUGGGUGGGUCAUUGGCUCGUGCCCUCGGGACCCCGUCCCGGGCGCCUCCCUGUCUCGCUCCUCUUGCACGCGGUGCAGCCGAGGGCCUCCGCCGGCCGAGCAGCCACACUGUGCUUCGCGCACUCCCGGGCCACAGUGUGGCUGCUCCGGGGGCACGAGGGUAGUGAAGAGGGGCCUUUCCUAGAAAAGCAAGUGCGUCCCACGCUCAGAAGCGGCCUGUAGAAAACCCACACACCUUCCCUGCGGGCAGGCGGCCUUGCCUCAACUCUGGAACGGCACUGGCCCUUCCGUGCACAGCAUUUCAAGCAGCGAAGGGCCUGGCUUUCCAGACAGCCCUCACUCCCUCCUGGGCACCAGCUUGGGCUCGCCUGCCCUCAGCCUGCCCUCUGCCUGGCGCAGAUCUCUGUGAGGUCCUUCUGUGGAGGGAGCUGUCCCGCAAAGCAGGCCCUGCCCUGGGGCCUCGGUAGAGGGGACAGGGCAGGGCCGUGGUGCAGGUUCCAGGUGACGGUCGAGGUCUCCUCCACCUGCUGGUGUGGGGGGAGGCAGCUGCCGGGGCUUGGGGCGCCGCUCGGGUCCCCUCCCCAGUGCUGCCCACGGGCAUCCGCUCUGGCGGCGUCCUUGUUCAUCCCCGAGGCCGUGGGGGUCACGCCGCCCAGGCCGCUCCGGAGACGGAGCGCUAGCUGUUUGAAGCCCCGGAGAGAGGCUUUGCCCAAGGAAGCGGACUUCUGCCUUAUCACAGCGAGGACCGUCCCUGACGCGGACGUGUGACACCGUUUCCUGGCACAGUAUUGCUCAAAUAGGAAAGAAAUGACUUCAAGUGGGAUUUUUACACUACCUGGAGAAGUUGGAAACAGCCCUUAGUUGAUGUGUUCGAUGCAGCCUGAGUGCUGAACCGAUGGAAUUUGAAGCGCUUUUUUCCCAAGUAGGGAUGUCCCGUCGCCAGCGGUGAGCAGGGUCCAAGCCGGGUCCGCAUCUCCACGGACCGAGUUUCCGUCCGUAGGUUGGUUGACUUGAUUUUCGGGUAUCAGACACGUUGCACCAUUGUUCGUUUCCUGGGAGCGGCUGGUGGCGUCCUCACUGCCGUUCGCGGACCCCCUGCCCUGGCCCCCACGCAGCUGCCGGCCUGGGGACAGCGGUGAGGAUGUGCGGCCGGAUCAGACCGUAGUUUCCGGAUCGAUUUCCCGGAGGUGACGGUGCCGCUGGUUUUGUCCGUCUUGCCCCAGAAAGAUGCAUCUUAAAAACGUGGGUCGGGCCCAGGUUCCCGCUGUAUGUGGCUGGAGUCGUGGUUUCAGGGAGCGGCUGGCCGGGCUGUGCUGCUGCCUCCAGGCAGUCAUCCGAGGCCGGAAGUUGGUGUGAAAGCCGAGGGGUCGGGGCAACGGGCCAGGGGUGCUGGCCUCCGGGUGUCCGGACGGGACAGGAUGGGGCCGUCGCUCCAGAACCACAGGGCCCGGAACGGCCGCCUCUCCUGCCCCCUCCACCGGGCGGGCAGCGUCCCGAUGGGGCAGCCUCAGCACCAGCCCAGGGCCCCUGCAGGCUGGGUCUCGUGGCGACGCUUCUGGCCCAAACGCGCGUACCGUGGCCAAGGGGAUUCCCUCAACGCGGGGGGGGGGGGGGCACCUGCCAGCUUGCACGUGGAUGUGUUUUUGUUUCAUGGGUUGAACAUGUUAAUACUUUUGUAUAUUUUUUCACUACAGUUUAUAUUUUUAUAGACUUUGUAUCGAGGUUUUUCUAGAUGACUUACGUCUAUUUUAUAUAACGAGUCUUGUGUACGGCUCCCUGUAUUUGUGUAUAAACCUGAGCACGACGUGGCUCCCCACUCCUGGGCCCCGGGCAUCCCGCCUCUGGCUCAUGCUGGGGCCGCUUCCCCGGGCAGCACCUCCCUGGUCACUUGCGGCCACGCGGACAGCUGUCCGGCACCCGCUGGGGCUGGACCGAGACUGGAUUCUCCUCCAUUGUAUCAAUAUAGGAAAUAUUCUAGGCAGAUAGCCAGCGCGUUUUCCUUUUUGAAGCUAAACGUGUGUAUUGCACAAAUCCCCACCCUUGGCUUUGUGCCGCGUGGUCUUCCCCGGGUGCCCUGGGCGGCGGCCAGCCUGGGGAGGGGGGGGGGGUGCCGGCAGGGGGGCUGCUGGCAGGUGACUUUCCUUCAUGUCUCUGCAGCUUCUGUGCUCGUCUUCCAGUUAAACUUUGGAACGGUCCUACUAAAAAGCCAAAUAAACUA